CGCUGUCUUCCAGCCCCGGCGCCAGCCGAGUGCGGAGGCGAGGCGAUGAGCGUGGCGGGCGCCGGCGAGGGCUGUCGCCGCCGGGCGCGGGUGUCCCGCCUCGUCUCCUUCAGCGCGACCCACCGACUCCACAGCAAAUCUCUGAGUAAUGAAGAAAACUUGAAACUCUUUGGGAAAUGCAACAAUCUAAAUGGUCAUGGGCAUAAUUAUAAAGUUGUGGUGACGGUGCAUGGAGAGAUUGAUCCUGUUACAGGAAUGGUUAUGAAUUUGACUGACCUCAAAGAGUAUAUAGAGGAGGCAAUUAUGAAGCCCCUUGAUCAUAAGAAUUUGGAUCUGGAUGUGCCAUACUUUGCAGAUGUUGUAAGCACGACAGAAAAUGUAGCUGUAUAUAUCUGGGAAAACCUCCAGAAAUUUCUUCCUCUGGGAGUUCUUUAUAAAGUAAAAGUGUAUGAAACUGACAAUAAUAUCGUUGUCUAUAAAGGAGAAUAGCUUUUAAGGGUUAAUACUGUAGAAAGACUAAUUUCUUUCCAUAUUUGAAAAAGGUCUUUAUCCCCUGGGACUAUUAAGAAGUCGUCACAUACUUGUUAUGCCUCCACAUUGUGUUCCGGAGUGCCCAAUUGAUUGAAAUUGUUGAGUAUAAAACCUGUUGUGAAUUCAAAUCUAUCUUAAAACCAAACUUGUAAAACAUCCUGAGUAUCAUUUAGAGAGUCUUUUAUUUAUAGAUUAAAAAUCACUUCAUUUUCAGUAAAAUGUUGUGGUGUGGAAUUUAAAAGUAAAAUAAAUCAAUUUUUGUUUUUCCAUUAUCUCAUUUUUAGUAUUCAUUUUUUUCUUGGUAUAAUAUGAAUAGAGAAAGUGUUUAUAAGACAUCGUAGGUGAUACUUAAAAAAAACAAAACUACAGGUGACCACAGAACAUAUACUUCUUCCUUGAUUACUUCUCAGGUAUGUAGGGACACAAGUUUAUUCAGUGAAAAUGAGACACACAAAUCACGUUGGCGAUUCAUUGUAGGUGGAUGUACAAGGAUUGAUGAAAAUACCGCUUAGCGCACGUUGUUCAAUGCAGUUUUGCAUGUCUUAUUGAACUAUGAGUUGCUAGUGAGGAUCAGCAUGUUCACUGAACAUUUGUUGGAGUAUCAUUAAACUAUUUAUUAUGUAUAUUUGUCCAUGUUUCCAGACCUUAUGGUCACCUGAACAGUUUUAAUUCAGAAAACUGAAGAAUAAUCACAUAUAUCAAAUCCUAUUAAAUUAACAUGAGAAAGGAUAUAUUAUACUGUAAUGUGUCCCUUAUAUACAGUUUUUCCUAAUCGAUCCCAUUUUGUUCUGAUCAUUAAACUUAACACCUGCUUAA